UCAAAGAGCAAAGAUGCAGAGCACUUCAAAUUACCUCUGGCUGUUGUCUGACAUUCUAGGACAGGGAGCUACAGCAAAUGUUUUCCGGGGACGACAUAAGAAAACUGGGGAUUUAUAUGCUGUCAAAGUAUUUAAUAGUAUAAGUUUCCUUCGUCCUGUGGAUGUUCAGAUGCGAGAGUUUGAAGUAUUGAAGAAACUAAAUCAUAAGAACAUUGUCAAAUUGUUUGCCAUCGAAGAAGAGACAACGACUAGACACAAAGUACUAGUUAUGGAAUUUUGUCCAUGUGGGAGUUUAUAUACAGUUUUAGAGGAGCCAUCUAAUGCCUUUGGUUUGCCAGAGUCUGAGUUCUUAAUUGUUUUGAGAGAUGUGGUGGCUGGGAUGAAUCAUCUUCGGGAGAAUGGAAUAGUGCACCGUGACAUCAAACCAGGCAAUAUCAUGCGUGUUAUAGGUGAAGAUGGUCAGUCUGUUUACAAACUUACAGACUUUGGUGCUGCAAGAGAACUUGAAGAUGAUGAACAAUUUGUUUCUCUUUAUGGCACAGAAGAGUAUUUACAUCCUGAUAUGUAUGAGCGAGCAGUUCUGAGGAAAGAGCAUCAGAAAAAGUAUGGAGCAACAGUUGAUCUGUGGAGCAUAGGGGUGACCUUUUACCAUGCUGCAACAGGGAGUUUGCCUUUCCGACCUUUUGAAGGACCUCGUAGAAACAAGGAAGUAAUGUAUAAAAUAAUCACUGGAAAGCCUUCUGGUGCUAUUUCUGGAAUACAGAAAGCAGAAAAUGGACCAAUUGAGUGGAGCUGGGAGAUGCCAGUAUCUUGCAGUCUUUCAAAGGGUCUGCAAGUACUGCUUACACCUGUCCUUGCGAAUAUUCUUGAAGCAGACCAGGAAAAAUGCUGGGGAUUUGACCAGUUCUUUGCAGAGACGAGUGACAUACUGCACCGAAUAAUAAUCCACAUCUUUUCACUACAGCAGAUGACCUUGCACAAAGUUUAUAUUCAUAGCUAUAAUACAGCUGCUAUAUUUCAUGAGUUGGUCUACAAACAGACAAAAAUACCAUCUCAGAAUCAAGAACUGAUAUAUGAAGGUCGGCGUUUAAUACUAGAGCCUGGCAGAUUGGCACAGCACUUCCCCAGAACAACUGAGGAGAAUCCUAUCUUUGUAGUAAGCAGGGAGGCUGUGAACAUUGUCGGAUUAAUCUAUGAAGAAGUUUUACUUCCUAAAGUACAUCAACGUUAUGAUUUGGAUGGGGAUGCCAGUAUGGCUAAAGCAGUAACAGGUAUCGUAUGUUAUGCCUGUAGAGUUGCCAGUUCUCUGCUACUUUACCAGGAGCUGAUGCGAAAAGGAACACGAUGGCUAAUUGAAAUAAUCAAGGAUGAUUACAAUGAAAUGGUUCAUAAAAAGACAGAGGUUGUCAUCAGGCUGGAUUUCUGCAGCAGAAACAUUGAGAAAGCUGAGAAAAUAUACGAGAAUUUGAUGCAGAUCAGCUUGGAAGCAUCAGAAGUGGAUGAAAUUUCAGAGAUACACACAAAACUGUUGCGUCUCUCCAGCUCUCAAGGCACAAUAGAAACUAGUCUUCAAGAUAUCAAAACCAAACUUUCUCCUGGUGGUUUACUGGCUGACACCUGGACAAAUCAGGAAGGCAUGCAUCCAAAAGACAGAAAUCCAGAAAGGCUGCAGGCGCUGCUAUGUUCCAUCACAGAUAUUUAUUAUCAGUUCAAAAAAGACAAAGCAGAACGAAGGCUUCCUUAUAAUGAAGAACAAAUUCACAAGUUUGACAAGCAGAAGCUGUAUUUGCAUGCUACAAAAGCCAUAGCUCUAUUCAAAGAUGAAUGUGUCAGCAAGUAUGAUACAUUUCUGGACAAGGCUGAGGACUGGACAAGGAAAAUGCUUCACACAAGGAAGCAGUUACUGGCUCUCACCAACCAGUGUUUUGAUAUUGAAGAAGAGGUAUCCAAAUAUCAGGAUUAUAUAAAUGAGUUACAAGAUGCUCUGCCGCAGAAAAUGUUUGCAGCUUCCAGUGGGAUGAAACAUACAAUGAAUACAGUCUAUCCAAGCUCAAACACAUUAGUGGAAAUGACUCUUGGUAUGAAGAAACUAAAGGAGGAAAUGGAAGGGGUUGUUAAAGAACUGGCUGAGAACAAUCACAUUUUGGAAAGAUUUGGUGCUUUGACUAUGGAUGGUGGCCUGCGGAAUGUGGACUGUAUCUAGCUUUCAAAGGACCUGAAGAGGACUUGUAAAUUUUUUCAAAGGGAAAAAAAUACUGUUGGGACAUUUAAAGGCAGAUAAUAAAUCUGUAUCCAGGGUUUUUUUUCCCCUCUACAACUGUAGUAUUAAAAAAAUGUAAAUAUGUAUAAUAUGUAAAUAUAAAAGAAAUAUAUAUCUUUUUUUGGUCAGCGUUAGAAUAGAAUUACUCCUGGCAGGGAAUUUAGGCCCUUGGAGGAUCUCUGACAAAGUCCUAAAGGCAAAAGUGUUGUUGAUGAAAUUGACAUUUGUAUGCGCGGCAUUCUUUUACAUGGUUGAAAAUGUUUUGUUAUAUUUUAUGUUCAUUUUAAACAUUGCUGGUUUUAGUGUUGCUAAAUACAUCAGUAAUCUUAAUCUUGUUAAAAUUUCUUUGUCUAAAGCAAUUUUAACUAAGCAGUAGCUAAGGAACUUGAAGUAAUCGGUUCAUUAUCUACUGAUUAUGGUCUUAUGAAGCAAAUGUAUUUUUCAAGUCAAAGCGUAGUGUAUAGUACCAUCAAUUUUUGGCUCAAACUAAGUGUCCUGCUACUAUCAAUCAUGCUACUGAUUUGCCAAAAGAAGUAAUAGAAAGUAAUAUAAGGUUCUUCCUCCUGAAGCUGGUUUACUGUUUUGGGGGAUUUAGCUUAGUAUGUUAAUUAUCUGUUACUUGAACAAACCUAUCUUCAUAGGAAUUGUGAACAUGCAUGAGUG